AUGAAAAAAGUGAAAAAAAAAAAAACUUAUUCUAAUAACUUUAAAUAUUUAUCAUCUCCAUCUUUAACAAAUUCAGAAGAAAGUGAUAAUGAACAAUACAUUUCAUUCUUAAAAACAUUUAAUCGCAAAGAAAAGCAAAAUAUACAUUUAAAGAUGACAAAUACAGUUCGGUGGGGUUGGUUUCUUCUUAUUUUUACAUGGUUUCUUUUUGUAACUGGAAUGAGCGGAGUUUUUGGAAUUUGGCACUGGGCGUUUCAAAUAAAGAACGUAAAAAAUCAGAAAAAAUCACAUGAUUUCCCAAUUAUUGAUUAUUACUUUCUUCUUAUUAUCUUAACGGGGGGUGUUGUAGCUUGGAUAUGGGUAGGCAUUAAUUGGCUCGGAUUAAAGUACUUCAGAAUGACAAAAGCUAAAAGUGAUUCAUAA